GGACAUUGGCGUAAGGAUUGUCCAAAGUUAAAGCCUAAGACAGAACGAGAGACUAAGGCCCUGUUGUCUCAGAAAUGAGGAGGUCAGGGCUCGCCGCCACCCCCCGAGCCCCGGAUAACUCUCCAAGUGGGGGGGCAACCGGUGGACUUCCUAGUCGAUACAGGAGCUACCUAUUCUGUGCUGACUCAACCAUUAGGAAAACUGACCAAGCAAUCUGUCAAUGUGAUAGGAGCUACAGGGGGCCGAAAAUCGUACCCAAAGGUGACAGCUAGUCUGGCUCGACCUGGACAUAGACUGGUCCAACAUGAUUUUCUCUGGGUCCCUGAGUGCCCGGACCCCCUUUUAGGGCGGGACCUUCUACAUAAAUUACAGGUGCAAAUUGACUUUGUUACGAAUGAACCUAGACUGAAGCUAGGGACUGAUACCCCCUCAAAAUCAGAGGGUAUUAGAGUGUUGGCUCUUGUCCCAGAAGGAGAAAGUUACCGCCUGCUGGGAAAUUUGUCUGGUGCACCCGAGUUGUCACGGACUGACUUAGAAUUAGAACUGCUGAACAAAUAGAAACAGGAGAUUCCAGAAGUCUGGGCAGAAAACAACCCUCCAGGGCUAGCAGUCAACCAAGUCCCCCAUGUGGUAGAACUCUUGCCUCAGGCACGCCCCAUCUGCUUAAGGCAAUACCCAAUAAGCCUACAAGCCCAGAAAGGAAUUAAAGUCCACAUACAGAGACUAAGAGACAAUGAUAUUCUCAUUCCUUGUGUCUCUCCCUGGAACUCGCCCUUGCUCCCAGUUCAGAAACCGGGGACGAAUGACUAUCGCCCUGUACAGGAUCUCCGAGAGGUUAAUAGACGAGUGCUGACUCUACACCCAACAGUGCCAAAUCCUUACACCCUGCUCAGCCUCCUUAAUCCGGAGAACACCUGGUACUCUGUCCUGGACUCAAAGGAUGCCUUCUUCACCCUGCCUCUUGCUCCGGUGAGUCAACCCCUAUUUGCCUUCGAGUGGACUGACCCAGAUACAGGGGUAAAGGAACAGCUGACCUGGACACGUUUACCUCAGGGCUACAAAAACUCUCCCACCCUUUUUGACGAGGCGUUAGCAAGAGAUCUCUUAAGAUUUAGAGAGAAACACCCCGAGAUAGUGCUCCUUCAAUAUGUAGAUGAUUUGUUGAUAGCCUCAACGUCCCUAAAAACAUGUCAAGAGGCAACUGAGGAGUUGUUAAAGACUUUGGGACGAUUAGGCUAUAAAGUCUCGGCUAAAAAGGCUCAACUGUGUCGCCAGGCCGUGACUUACCUGGGCUAUAAAUUACAAGAAGGAAAGAGGACUUUAUCAAAAGAAAGAAUCCAGGCCAUAUUACAAAUCCCAUCCCCAGAAACUAAGAAACAGGUGUGGGAGUUUCUGGGAGCUGUCGGAUACUGCAGACUAUGGAUUCUAAACUUUACUGAAAUCGCUCGCCCAUUGUAUGACUCUUUAAAGGGAGAGACUCAAAAGUCGCUCGACUGGACAGAUGAGUGCGAGCAGGCUUUCCAACAGCUCAAGCGAGCUCUGACUGAGGCUCCAGCCCUGGGGCUCCCUGAUGUUACUAAACCCUUCACCUUGUUCGUAGAUGAACUCAGAGGCAUAGCAAAAGGGGUUCUAACUCAAGAUAUUGGCCCUUAGAAGAGACCUAUAGCCUAUCUUUCUAAAAGACUCGACCCAGUGGCAGGAGGGUGGCCUCCGUGCCUGAGAAUUUUGGCCGCUGUGGCAAUGCUACUCAAAGAGGCUAAGAAGCUCACUUUUGGACAAAAGAUUUCUGUGGUAACCUCCCACAGCCUAGAGACUCUUAUUAAAACCCCUCCAGAAAAAUGGCUUUCAAAUGCCAGAAUUCUACACUAUCAGGCCUUGCUUCUAGACCCAGAAUCAGUAGUUUUCAAGACCUCCUCAGCUCUAAACCCAGCCACUCUCAUGCCCGACGAUAACCCAGAAAACCAACAGAUGCCUCUCCAUGAGUGUGCUGACAUUCUCGAGUUACAGCAAAACUUGCGAGCUGAUCUAACCGACCAGCCUUUUAAGGACGCUUACAAUUAUUUCACCGACGGAAGCAGUUUCAUUCAGGACGGGAGGCGAGUGGCCGGCACAGCAGUGACCACCGAGAAAGAGGUACUCUGGGCUAAGCAGUUAGAGCCUGGCACUUCUGCCCAAAAGGCAGAGCUCAUUGCUCUGACAGAGGCAUUAAAGCUAGCCUCAGGAAAGAGGGUAAACAUCUACACAGACAGCAGAUAUGCUUUUGCUACUGUACAUGUACAUGGAGCUAUUUACCAUGAACGCGGUCUCUUGACCUCGGCCGGGACUAAGAUUAAAAAUGCCCCACAGAUCCUAGACUUGCUAGCAGCUGUCUGGCUACCUCAGCAAGUCGCUAUUAUUCAUUGCAAGGCACACCAAGUGGGAGAUGACCCCAUCAUCAUAGGAAACAAUUUGGCCGAUCAGGCUGCCCAAAAAAUAGCAACCACAUCAGAGGGGCCUGCAGAGGAAAUGACUGCCCUGAUGCUAGUCCCUCAAGCCUUGUCAGAGCCUGUUUAUUCAAAGACAGAUUUACAGCUAGCAUCUCAACUUGGAGCCAAACCCCACACUCCAGGGGGCUGGUAUCAGCUGCCCGACAAGCGAGUGCUGUUACCCGAAGCACUAGGACGAGAGCUUUUGCAGCAAGCUCAUCAGGCUACUCAUUUAGGAGGAACUAAACUAGCAGAAUUGUUCAGAGAUCGAUUUUUCAUUCCAAAGCUCUCCAAACUAACUGCCUCUCUGAGCUCUAGAUGUCCACAGUGUUUGUUGGUCAACCCAACCAGGAAACCUCCACUGGAAACCACCCGGUAUCGAGGAACCUCCCCAGGAGAACACUAAAAAGUGGACUUCACGGAUAUGUCCUUACAGAGUCUCCAGCCUGUACUGACCUCAAUUCACCGGCUGUUCAGACAAAAACAUCCGAACCCCCCCUUGGGAACGCUGCCCCAAGCGUCAAUUGAGCCAGGAACGUCGGUCCUGGUGCGACGACACCACCGGGAUUCGCUUGAGCCGCGCUGGGAGGGACCGUUCACC